AUGAGACGCUCAUUGGCUUUCUUGGCUCUGGCCGCCACAGCCCUUGCUGUCCCCCAAGCAGUCACAGAAGACAUCAGCCCUAAGGAUGGCCCUCCCAAAGGAUGCACAACAUCAUACAGCGGUCAAUUUGAAGUGACCAUCUUCAAGCCUGGUAACACUAAGCGCGAUCUCAGUGAGAAGCGCUCGUGCAACGGAGAGGGUGUUCUCGUCCUAAGCCUCAAAGAUGGAGUCCUCAAAGAUGCCCAAGACCGCACAGGCUACAUCUCCGACAGCUACCAAUUCCAAUUUGAUAAGCCCGCUCAGUCUGGCGCAAUCUAUACCUCUGGCUUUUCCGUCUGCUCCAACGGUACACUCGCCCUCGGCGCGUCGGCCAUCUUCUGGCAGUGCAAGUCGGGCGACUUCUACAACUUGUACGACCGCGACUGGGCUGAGCAAUGUGAACCUGUCGAGUUUGGUGUUAUGCCAUGUGGUAAGGGAAGUUCGUCCAAGACUGCACCCAAGAAGAGAAUUGUCGGAAGCAGCGUCGUUGCCACAACUGUCGUGACUGUUGUUUCGGAUGGUACGACCAAGGAGGUUCCCACCACAAUCGCAGUACCUAUGUGCCAGAUUGGUGACGGACAGGUGCAGGUUCGCACGACGCCUUGUGAUGAUAUGGAACUUCCCAUCAUUACUGCUCCUCCUGUCAGUCAGGUCUCGGAUGGCAAGCUUCAAAUUCCUACCACUGCACCUCCAGCUCCUCCUGCGGUUCAGCCUCAAAACAACCCUGGAGAGGCUGAAAAGCCUGAAGGUGAUGCACCUGAAAGUGGUGAUGCACCUGAAAGUGGUGAUGCACCUGGAAGUGGUGAUGGAGGUGAUGGAGGCGACUCUAGUGGUGACAGUGAUGGCAACGGCAAUGGUGGCGAGGGUGGUAGUGGCGAGGAUUCGGGUGAUAACUCUCGACCUGGUGCUUCACCUGCAGGCAACUCGGCACCAGAAAACACGGGCGCAGCAUCGCAGAAUUGCGCUGACUCUGAUGAUGAAUCUUGCGGCCGUGGUCAAGGAAGCGCUGGUCGCUCCGGAAAAUCCAAGCCCACAGAAACCGAUGAACUGCUGGCCACUGACUCGGGUUCCCCUUCAGAGACUGGCGACACUGAAGAGACUGGUACUUCUCGCAGCGUUAGUACUCGCGCUGUCAAGCCUUUCCGACCUCAGAGUACCGACAAAGAUGACGCUGAGGAGACGGAUAGCGGCUCAGAUGCAGGCUCGAAUGACGACGACUCAUCUUCUGAUGCUGCGCAGUCGGAUGCGUUGAAGAUUGCUGCUAGUCUAGGCAUGGUGUUUGUAUCGGCUAUGCUGGGUGGCUUAUUGGUCUUGUGA